CGACUGCUGAAGCGGCUUGACAACCCUGCCUAUCCAUCCCCAUCGUCGCAUUUGAUUUUCAAAGCAGCGGGGCAAGAUCUUGGGAGGCAUUUUUGUCCACACCCUCAUCUUCAAUUUUCCUUUGACAAUUAAACAACACCGUCGCCCAAGAUGAGUAUGUCGGACUUGAUCCACGGGGAGGCUGAGCUCGACGAUGAGGAGAAUGACGAGUCUUUCGAUGAGGAAAAUGGAGAUUCGCGAUCCAAGCAACCAAAGGCAGCUUUGGACGACUCGAGCGAGGAGGAGGAAGACGACGACGACGAGGAAGCUGCCCGCGCUGUAUGUGCCCUUCAAUUUCCAACGACUACUGGUUCACGAACUCACAAUUCCUUAGGUCCGCGAAGGUUUUAUUAUUGAUGAUGAGGACGAUGAGAUAGAAGAUGAUUCACGCGCACGCCGCCACAGAAAGGAGAGACACAAGAAACGGAAUCGCGAGGCGGAAGAAGCAGAUUUGGAUGAAGAGGAUUUGGAUCUUAUUGGGGAGGCAAACCCUGAAUGGGAGCGCAAGACCACAGCACAGGUAUGCAACAUGCGCUUGCUCUAUUGAUGGCAAUUUUCAAGCUGAUUGUGUGUCUAGCCAAAGUUCAAGCGCCUCAAGCGUGGGCAUCGCGAUGAGAGUAGCGAACGUCAACAACGAGGGCUACAAGAUAUAUUUUCUGAUGACGAGGAUGCCGAAGUCGCGAACGAUUACGAGAGACCAUUUACUGGCCGAGACCACCAUCAAAGAGUCGACGAAUUUGCUGAUUUUAUCGAGGAAGAUUACCCGGACGAAGAUGAAGCAUUAAGGCGACAAGAACGAGAAGAGAUUGAGGUUGGCGUCACCCGUCCGCGCGAGAAAGGUUAUGCUGGAAACGGGGAAGCUUCAGGACUUGACAAAGAUGCCUUGGAGGACAUGGAAGCAAUUUUCGGUAACGGGGAGGACUAUGAUUGGGCUUUGAUGUUGGAGGAGGAGGAAGAGAUUAGAGAAGCUGGUGAACACAAUCUGGAACUCAAGGACGUUUUCGAACCAUCGCAACUUACAGAAAAACUUCUCACGGAUGCAGACAACCAAAUUCGAUGGCAAGAUGAGCCAGAGAGAUUUCAGGUCGACCGCUUGCCUUUCAAAAAUCUGAAUAUGUCCGACGAGCAGUUCAAGGAGGAGUCCCGUUGGAUCACCAGUCUGAUUUGGCCAAAGAAACAACUCCCCAAUGACUUACAAGGUCCCUUCACUCGCGCGAUUGGCAAAGUACUUGAGUUUUUCGUGGUUGAUGAAGUAGAAGUUCCGUAUGUUUUCCAACAUCGCAAGGACUAUCUUAUCCAUGCCACCAGAUCCAACCAGAGUCGAAAUGACGAACCCGAAUAUGUUGUUCACGCCGAAAAACUCCUCAACCAAGACGACCUAUGGCGGAUCCUGGAACUUGACCUGAAGUUUCGAGCCCUGAUUGAGAAGCGAAACAUACUUCAAAAGACCUAUGAUGGCUUAAGAAAAGCGACAAACGUGCGAGACCGCAUGGUCGAGACUAUGCUGCCUAUCGCAGUUACCAUGGAAGAGCUCCAGGAUAUCCAAGACUUCGUUUAUUUUCAAUAUUCUGCAGAAAUUAAGGACGCUGCUGCCUCCAAGGUCGAGGUUAAAGAAAAGCGUAGGGCUGGUGGAAAGUCAUCAAUUUUUGAACGCAUCCGGAAAAGCCGCUCAUACCAGCUCGUUCAGGCUUAUGGUAUUACACCUGACCAAGUUGCCCAGAACGCUUUAAAGGAGGGCCGGCGACAGUACGUGGAAGACGCGGCAAGCACGCCCGUCAAAUUUGCGGAUUCAUUACUAGAAAGUGGCAAUGAGUUUGAAACUGGCGAACAAAUCUUGCUGGCAGCACGUCAAAUGUUUGCUGAGGAAUUGUACAUGAACCCACGAAUGAGAAAACACUUCCGUAUGAACUUUUACAUGUACGGUGUCGUCAACUGUCGUAGGACCGACAAGGGAUUGCGCAAGAUUGAUGACCAACACCCAUACUAUGAGCUCAAGUAUUUACGGAACCAGACCUUUGGGGAUAUAGCAAAGAACCCCGAAACCUUUCUGAAGAUGCUCAAAGCCGAAGAAGAAGGACUUCUCGAGGUCAAGGUCGUUCUGGAUACUGAAAAAGACUUCCGUCGAAAACUUCUUCAAGAGUUUCAGUCUGAAAAUUACAGCGAGCUUGCAGAUGCUUGGAACGAUGAGCGCAAGUUGGUCAUGGAUAUUGCAUUCGAAAAACUACAACGGGUCAUUACGAAGGGUGUCAAAGAGAGCAUGCGAACUGAAUGCCAGGAUUCUAUACUCAAGCUCUGUCGAGAGGAGUACUCGAAAAAGCUAGACCAAGCUCCCUAUAAGCCAAAGGGAAUGAUUCUGGGCACAAUCCCCAGAGUACUUGCUUUAUCGAAUGGAAAUGGCGAUCCACAACGAGAUGCCGUGUGCUGGGCAUGGGUCGAAGAAGAUGGUCGUGUGCUCGAACAUGGCAAGUUCAAUAACUUGUCUCGCGAUGAAAAGGCGAGAGAUGCAUUUGUCGAGCUUGUUCAACGUAGAAAUCCAGAUGUUUUGGGAAUCAGUGGCUUUUCAGUCGAAACACAUAGGCUUCUCCAGACUCUAAAAGACUUGGUUGCGGACAAGAAUUUGAGAGGCCCUGAGUUUGAAGAUCAAGACACCGGCGAGGACAGAAGAGAGCCUUUAGAAGUGGUUGUGGUCAACGAUGAAGUUGCACGAUUAUACAAAGACAGCAAUCGGGGAAAGCUUGAUCAUCCGGCGCUCCCUCCGCUCGCACGUUACUGUGUUGCACUAGCGAAGUACCUCCAGAACCCUAUGAAGGAAUAUGCUGCGUUGGGAAAGGACAUUAUCUCUUUGCAGUUCCAUCCUUCCCAGCAACUUCUACCCGAGGAUAAGCUACGCAAGCAACUCGAAACUGCCAUGGUGGAUAUGGUCAAUCUUUGUGGAGUCGACAUCAACGAGGCCAUCAGCGAUCCUUACACGGCCAUGUUACUUCCCUACGUUUGUGGACUUGGCCCAAGAAAGGCAACAUCCGUUCUCAGGACCAUCAAUAUCAAUGGAGGAAUUGUCAAUUCUCGUGAUGAACUUGUUGGGGAUCCUGACAGCAACAAGUUGCCGGUUGUUGGCCCACGGGUAUGGAACAAUUGCGCCAGUUUUCUGUCUAUUGAGUACGAUAGCUCAAGUACUAUGUCUGAUUACCUUGACAAUACUCGAGUGCACCCGGAAGAUUACGAGCUGGGACGGAAGAUGGCCGCUGAUGCACUGGAGCUUGACGAAGAGGAUGUUAAGGCUGAGGUCGACGAGAACGGACCAGGAGCUAUCAUUCGCAAACUUAUCAAGGAUGAUGAACAAGAAAAGGUCAAUGAUCUCAUUCUAGAAGAGUAUGCCGAGCAACUUGAGCGUAACUAUAACCAGCGAAAGCGUGCGACACUAGAGACCAUCCGUGCCGAGUUGCAACAGCCAUACGAGGAGCUCAGACGAAACUUUGAGAUUCUUUCCGACGAUGACAUUUUCACUAUGCUGUGCGGAGAAACCCAGGAAUCACUUGACAAAGGAAUGAUCGUUUCUGUCAACAUUCGAAUGGUCAAAGAGGACUUCCUUGUUGCCAAACUCGAUUGUGGUCUUGAAGGCCGAUGCGAUAUCUCAGACGGUUCUGAUCGAGAAGUCACACUUAAUCGCAUUUUUUCGACAGGUCAGGUAGCUCAGGCCAAAGUUUUGGAGGUUGACCGACGAAGUUUCACUGCUAAGAUCUCCCUUCGGGAUAGUGUAGUUAAAACGCCAUACCGGAGGCGUCUUGACCACGAUCCAAGCGAAUGGGAUUACGCACAGGAACAGAAGGACCGAGAGGAGCUUCGCGAGAAGGACAAGUCUACAGGGCGCACCCAACGUGUUGUCAACCAUCCGCUUUUCCGACCUUUCAACUCAACUCAGGCGGAGGAGUAUUUGGGAUCUCAAGCACCUGGCGAUGCAGUUAUUAGACCUUCUUCUAAAGGUAAUGACCAUCUCGCUGUCACAUGGAAAGUGGCGGAUGGCGUGUAUCAACAUAUUGAUGUCCUUGAACUGGAAAAGGAAAAUGAGUUUUCAGUGGGUCGGAAGCUUCGCAUUGGAGCUGGGACCAAGUACAAUUACAGUGAUCUUGACGAACUGAUUGUGGAUCAUGUUAAAGCUAUGGCCAAGAAGGUGGAUGAGAUCACGCAGCAUGAGAAGUUCCAAGCUGGCAGCAAAGCUGACACAGGUAUGUCAAAGUAUCUUCUGUUCUUGCAUGUUAUCAUUGCUAAUAAUCUACGUAGAAGCAUGGUUGAAGGCGUACACGCAGGCCAAUCCCCGGAGAUCUGUGUAUGCUUUUUGCAUCGAUGCUAAGCAUCCUGGCUACUUUGUCCUCUGCUUCAUGACUGGGGGGUCCAAUAAAAACGUCAACGCGUGGCCUGUCAGAGUGGUUCCCAAUGCUUUCGAGUUGAUGAAGGCGCCUUAUCCCGAUAUGAGAGCGUUGUGCAACGGCUUCAAAAUGCGGGUUGCAAGCGAGUCCCAACGACGAAAUUAAAGUAUGCAUGCUGCUGGUGUUGGUGCUGGAUAGAAGGAGUUUACUUUCAUAUGCGGUGGUGGUUUCAUGCGCAUCUUGUAACAAAAUAGUGAAAUACCAAAAUUUGCUUUGGGGGAGGGGUAUGGGGGGUUUUGCAUCGAGGGCCGAGAGGACGUUUGUAGAUGAGUGGUUACGACCAUAGGUAGCCUUUCAGAAAACAGCCAAAUUGAUGAGGAUAUCUAAUCAAU